AUGGUCGAUGCGCGGAAGUUCAAGGGAAAUGGGCCUGCCGUUGCAGAAAAUCGUGACGAGCUAAACGACAUUGAUUCUGAAACAUGCUCGUACAAUUCCAAAUCGACGGCAAUCCUAUCAACGGAAUCUACCUGUGAAAACAACGACUUUGGUAACACAAAUUAUGAGGAGCUAAUUCAAAGCACAAUACAAAUGGACGAGGAAGUGGACAACAAUAAUACUUACCAAAUUCUUGAAAACGAAUAUCCUGCCAUUCAAGAAUAUGAAAACCCGACAAAAAUACAGAAAAAUGAUGGUCUUUCUACGAAUGAAACCCAAAUCGUGAGCGAAGACUCGAAUAUCAAGAAAAGAACUAUAGCCGAUAUUUCUGAACAACCCGCUGGAAUAGGACUAAACUUAGAAGAUGACAAUGAAGCCACCGGAAAAUCAACUGAAGAUAAUGGCGAUAAGACAGAAAUCGCAGUUUUGCCUGACAAAGGAGAAAAACCCACUGUAAUUGAGUACGAUAUUUCUGAAUCGGGAAAAAGUUUACCACGAAAAGAAGACUUCGAAACUUCUGAUACUUCUGCCACUUCCCAUGAUCUAAAUGUUGAUUUUUCUACCAAUGGAACCCAAAGCAUCAGUAAAGUCUCGAAUCUGACCAAAAGAAGUAUAGCCGAUAUUUCUGAACAACCCGCUGGAAAAGGAAUAAACUUGGAAGAUGACAAUGAAGCCACCGGAAAAUCAACUGAAGAUAAUGGCGAUAAGACAGAAAUCGCAGUUUUGCCUGACAAAGGAGAAAAACCCACUGUAAUUGAGUACGAUAUUUCUGAAUCGGGAAAAAGUUUACCACGAAAAGAAGACUUCGAAACUUCUGAUACUUCUGCCACUUCCAAUGAUCUAAAUGUUGAUUUUUCUACCAAUGGAACCCAAAGCAUCAGUAAAGUCUCGAAUCUGACCAAAAGAAGUAUAGCCGACAUUUCUGAACAACCCGCUGGAUUAGAAGCAAACUUGGAAGAUGAUAAUAAAGCCACCGGAAAAUUAACUAAAUUUAAUGGUGAUAAGACAGAACUUGCUGUUUUUCCUGAUAAAGACGAAAAAACCACUGUAAUUGAGUCCGAUAUUUCUGAAUCGGUUAAAAGCUUACCACGAGAAGAAGACGUCGAAACUUCUGGUACUUCUGACGCUCCAAAAGAACUAGAGGAUGNCACUGUAAUUGAGUCCGAUAUUUCUGAAUCGGUUAAAAGCUUACCACGAGAAGAAGACGUCGAAACUUCUGGUACUUCUGACGCUCCAAAAGAGCUAGAGGAUGAUCUUUCUACCAAUGGAACCCAAAGCAUCAGUGAAGUCUCGAAUCUGACCAAAAGAAGUGUCGCCGAAAUUCCUGAACAACCCGCUGGAAGAGGAAUAAACUUGGAAGAUGACAAUGAAGCCAACGAAAAAUCAACUAAAGUUAAUGGUGAUAAGACAGAUCUUGCUGUUUUGCCUGAUAACGACGAAAAAACCAUUGCAAUUGUGUCGGAUAUUUCGGAAUCGGGAAAAAGCUUACCACGAAAAGAAGACGUCGGAACUUUUAGUACUUCUGCCUCUCCAAAAGAACUAGAUGAUGAUCUUUCUACCAAUGAAAUCCAAAGCGUCAGUGAAGUCUCGAAUGUGACCAAAAGAAGUAUAGGGGACAUUUCUGAACAACCCGCUGGAAUAGAACAAAACUUGGAAGAUGACAAUGAAGCCACCGGCAAAUCAACUGAAGAUAAUGGUGAUAAGACAGAACUCGCUGUUUUUCCUGAUAAAGACGAAGAAACCAUUGCAAUUGUGUCGGAUAUUUCGGAAUCGGGAAAAAGCUUACCACGAGAAGAAGACGUCGAAUCUUUUGGUACUGCCUCUCCAAAAGAACUAGAUGAUGAUCUUUCUACCAAUGAAAUCCAAAGCGUCAGUAAAGUCUCGAAUGUGACCAAAAGAAGUAUAGCCGAUAUUUCUGAACAACCCGCUGGAAUAGAACCAAACUUGGAAGAUGACAAUGAAGCCACCGGAAAAUCAACUGAAGAUAAUGGUGAUAAGACAGAACUCGCUGUUUUUCCUGAUAAAGACGAAGAAACCAUUGCAAUUGUGUCGGAUAUUUCGGAAUCGGGAAAAAGCUUACCACGAGAAGAAGACGUCGAAUCUUUUGGUACUGCCUCUCCAAAAGAACUAGAUGAUGAUCUUUCUACCACUGAAAUCCAAAGCGUCAGUGAAGUCUCGAAUCUGACCACAGAAAGAAGGAUAGCCGAAAUUUCUGAACAACCCGCUGGAAAAGGAAUAAUUUUGGAAGAUGACAAUGAAAUCACCGAAAAAUCAACUAAAGUUAAUGGUGAUAAGACAGAUCUUGCUGUUUUGCCUGAUAAAGACGAAAAAACCACUGUAAUUGAGUCCGAUAUUUCUGAAUCGGGAAACAUUUUACCACUAGAACCAGACGUCGAAACUUCUGGUACUUCUGCAUCUCCAAUAGAGCUAAAAGAUGAUCUUUCUACCAAUGGAACUCAAAGCGACAGUGAAGUCUCGAAUCUAACCACAAGAAGUAUAGCCGACAUUUCUGAACAACCCGCUGGAAUAGAAGCAAACUUGGAAGAUGAUAAUAAAGCCACCGGAAAAUUAACUAAAUUUAAUGGUGAUAAGACAGAACUUGCUGUUUUUCCUGAUAAAGACGAAAAAACCACUGUAAUUGAGUCCGAUAUUUCUGAAUCGGUUAAAAGCUUACCACGAGAAGAAGACGUCGAAACUUCUGGUACUUCUGACGCUCCAAAAGAGCUAGAGGAUGAUCUUUCUACCAAUGGAACCCAAAGCAUCAGUGAAGUCUCGAAUCUGACCAAAAGAAGUGUCGCCGAAACUUCUGAACAACCCGCUGGAAAAGGAAUAAACUUGGAAGAUUACAAUGAAAUCACCGGAAAAUCAACUAAAGUUAAUGGUGAUAAGACAGAUCUUGCUGUUUUGCCUGAUAAAGGCGAAAAAACCACUGUAAUUGAGUCCGAUAUUUCUGAAUCGGUUAAAAUUGUAACACGAGAACUAGACGUCGAAACUUCUGGUAGUUCUGCCGCUCCAAAAGAGCUAGAGGAUGAUCUUUCUACCAAUGAAAUCCAAAGCGUCAGUGAAGUCUCGAAUCUGACCAAAAGAAUUAUCGCCGAAAUUUCUGAACAACCAGCUGGAAAAGGAAUAAACUUGGAAGAUGACAAUGAAGCCACCGGAAAAUCAACUGAAGAUAAUGGCGAUAAGACAGAACUCGCUGAUUUUCCUAAUAAAGACCAAAAAACCACCUUAAUUGAGUCCGAUAUUUCUGAAUCGGGAAAAAGUUUAGCACGAGAACAAGACAUCGAAACUUCUGGUAUUUCUGCCUCUCCAAAAGAGCUAGAAGAUGAUCUUUCUACCAAUGAAACCAUAAGAGUCAGUGAAGUCUUGAAUUCGACCAAAAGAAGUAUAGCCGACAUUUCCGAACAACCUGCUGGAAUAGGACUUAGGUUCUUAGACGAUGACAAUGAAGCCACCGGAAAAUUAAUUGAAGAUAAUGGUGAUAAGACAGAACUCGCUGCUCUUCCUGAUAAAGACGAAGAAACUAUUGCAAUCGUGUCGGAUAUUUCGGAAUCGGGAAAAAGCUUACCACGAAAAGAAGACGCCGAAACUUCUGGUACUUCUGCCACUUCAAACAAACUAGAUGAUGAUCUUUCUACGAAUGAAACCCAAAGCGUCAGUGAAGUCUCGAAUCUGACCAAAAUAAAUGUAGCCGACAUUUCCAUUUCUGGAUUAGAGCCAAACUUGGAAGAUGACAAUGAAAUCACCGAAAAAUCAACUAAAGUGAAUGGUGAUAAGACCGAUCUUGCUGUUUUGCCUGAUAAAGACGAAAAAACCACUGUAGUUGAGUCCGAUAUUUCUGAAUCGGGAAACAUUUUACCACUAGAACCAGACGUCGAAACUUCUGGUACUUCUGCAUCUCCAAUAGAGCUAAAAGAUGAUCUUUCUACCAAUGGAACCCAAAGCAUCAGUGAAGUCUCGAAUCUGACCAAAAGAAGUAUAGCCGACAUUUCUGAACAACUUGCUGGAAUAGGACCAAACGUGGAAGAUGACAAUAAAGCCAACGGAAAAUCAACUAAAGAUCAUGGUGAUAAGACAGAAUUCGCUGUUUCUUAUGAUAAAGACGUACAAAACUUUGGAACGGUGUCCAAUAAUUUUGAAUCGGUGAAAAUUUUACCACUAGAAAAAGGUUUCAAAACUCCUGGUAGUCCUGCCCCACCCGAGGACUUCCAUGGUGCUGUUAUAGAGGACACAAUUAGCUUAUCUGCUCAAUGUAUACCGGAUGUAAAUAAUGGUUUAAUAUUUAAUGAAUCGAAUGAUGUGCUUGGUUCAGUAGAGGAUCCAGGAAAGUUGUUAUCAAAUGCUGACACUUUAAAUCAUGAAGUCGUAUCAUCCCACGAGCAAGCAAAGAGCUCUCCAACAAGAGAGAUGACCAUUACUGAAAGUGAACUGUUUGCUAAUAAGCAAGAAGAAGUAAUAGAAGAAGCAUGUAUUAAAAGAAGGUCUUCUGUAAAUACUAAUGAGUGCGAAACAAAACACCAAAUUUCGUCGGAAGAAAAUCAGGAAAUAUCUGGUAUAAAAGACGAGGUGACACCGAAGUCAUUCACAGCUGAAGAAGUUGUUGAACCAAGUUCUAGUCAUCUUGUUUUGAGCUCUUGUGAUGAGCCAGUAAUACGGACUAUGGGUUCUUUGCAAGAACAAGUCAGCAUUGACCUUGAAGAAAGUGAUAUUAUUGUAUGCAACCAGCUGCAACUGAAUGAAUCAAGAGAAAGCUCUGGGCAAAGUGACUAUGUGGUUUUUGGUAAUGCUAAGUCCAAAAAAUUCCAAACUAAAGAUAGUAACAGCGAAGAAGAAUCUGCAAGGGCACCGCUGAUACGUCAUUACACAAUCGCUGGAGACGAUGCCCGAAGCAUUUUUAGGUCUGUCACCCGUGAAGACACAAUAAAUGAUAUAGAAAUUGACGACGAAAUUUCGGAAAACAUCCGCAAGAAAAUUAUGGCCUUUUCGCUAUCUGAAACGGAUUCAGACUGCAUUGACCCAGGAAAUAUUAACCAAGAGAACUUCGAUAUAGAAACGGCUAUGGCAGAUACUUUGGGCACAUCUACUGAAACUGAAUCUACAAUUGUAUCGGCGGCCACGAAAAUACAAGCAGGAGCUCGUGGGUUUCUUACCAGACGACGAAUGCGACGCGCUAGUGCUGGUACCAAGUCCUCAACACAAGAGACAAAGGCAUCGUUUGGAAACGCUGCAAUUAGCGAAUCGUUUGAGCGACUUAUUGAGGACGAAGCAGCGAAAAAAAUCCAAGCCGCAUACCGUAUACACACAAGAAAACACAAAGGACACAAUCGAAAAAUUGAAGGUAUUAGUUUAGAAAGCAAUUUAGCCGCUAGGCGUCAAAAAUUGCAGCGCGGGGACGCGCUUCGAACUGACUCGACGCCCGAUGAUGAUAACAUUCCGCUUACCAACAAUGGACAUACACAAAAGCAUCCAAACACUCAACGUAAAAAAGGAAAGGGUGAUGGAGUAACAUUAAAAACUGGCACGGAGCUAAAAUGGUUGACAUUAAGGCAGAACUCAAUGCCAGUACAAAUUGAUAGCAAUAUUCUAAGAGUUAUUCCUAAGCACAAAAAGAAGCGUAUUAAAAGCGCUGAGUAUAAGAAAAUGACAUCUAAAUAGCUACACCAAUAUCUUUGCUCAUACUCUUUGAAAAUAAAUAAUCCAUUUCCAAUUGAAAUAUUUUUCAUUAUUAUUGUGUGACGUUCUUAG